GCUAGGCCUCCAUUAACAAAUCUACAUCUAAGCACGAAUCUUAAAGCUGAAACUUAAGUUAACUACUCUCUAUCCCUGUGUCUGCGUGUGGUGACGUAAAACAUAAAAUAAGUGCUGGGUGACUUCUUGCUGUGCUCCCUCGCUUUGCAUCUACUGCAAUCCCUCUGCACUACCAGAUCUUAUUAUUCUCUCCAUGCUUGGAGAUGCGUUUGGCGGCUACUCAACCCUGCGCUUACUGAACUGACCAAUCAUGAGUAGGAAUAGUUUCAGAGAAUCUCUAGUCGGAGCCAGGAAUGUUCCGGCAGGAUCGCUUUCUCAGCACCACCGUCGAGGUCAUAGUUUUACCGCUUUUUCCAGAGACACCGACGAGAACUUGGAUCUCUUCUCUAAGAACCGUCGUAGUCUAUCUGUUGCCUCUUCUGACGAAUCUUCCGAUGAAAAAAAUUGGUACUGUUAUGAUGUGGGUCUUCAUUGCAGUCUCAGUGAAACUAGGGAGACUUCCUGUUGGACCAGCCAAACUAGCAAAGAGUGGGAUCGAUGAUCUAUUGUCAUCCACAGAUGGAGGGAAGCAUGAUUAUGACUGGCUUCUCACUCCUCCUGGAACUCCUCUCUUUCCAUCAUCUGAGGGCAGCGAGUCACAACCAACUUCAGUGGCUCCAAGAAGCAGUUCCUUGCCUAGAUCAGUUUCUACUACUAAAGCUUCAAGGCUUUCUGUCUCACAAUCAGAGAGCUACCAUUCCACUAGACCUACUAGAAGCAGUUCAUUGACUCGCUCCUCUAUCUCAUCUUCACAAUCUAGUACCCAUUUGUCAAAUAGAUCGUCUUCAAUCCUAAAUACAAGCUCAGCUUCAGUUUCAUCUUACACAAGACCAUCCUCCCCAAUUGCCCGCUCUCCAUCUACAGCAAGACCUUCCACGCCAUCUGCUCGCCCAACGACAUCACGUCCCUCAACUCCAUCAAGAGUUCGUCCAGCCCCUGCCAGCUCUUUAAUUGACAAGACUCGGCAAUCCCAAAACUCAAGGUCCUCUACUCCAAGUUCUAGGGCACAAAUUCCUGCAAACUUGAAUUCAACCGCUACACGAUCAAAUUCUCGUUCAUCUACUCCCACACGUCGGAAUCCAUUACCUUCUGUGUCACCUGCCUCAGGUCCUUCAACUUCAGUUGGGCGUGUUCUUUCAAAUGGGCGCACAUCUGCAACAUCAUCACGACCAAGUUCCCCAGGCCCCCGAAUCCGGCCUCCACAACAGCCAGUUGUUCCUCCUGAUUUUCCCCUUGACACACCUCCAAACCUCAGAACAACUUUGCCAGACAGACCACUUUCUGCUGGUAGGUCCCGGCCAGGUGUAGCAGUCACUAUGAAGGGGAACCCAGAAACUACUGGCUCAAUGAAUGUGCCAAGAAGACAUUCAUCUCCAAUUGUCUCAAGGGGAAGACUAACAGAGGCCCCUGGAAAGGGUCGUGUGCAUUCAAAUGGGCAUGUUACUGAUAUGUCUGAACCUCGAAAAGUGUUACAUGUGUCAGAUUUAGCAAUGCGGAAAUCUGUCAAGUCAUCAACAACUGCUGCAGAGAGUACUGGCUUUGGGAGGACAAUAUCUAAGAAGUCUUUGGAUAUGGCGAUCAGGCAUAUGGACAUAAAAAAUGGCACAGGCAGCACUCGUGCACUUUCAGGUACCACUCUUUUCCCCCAGAGCAUUCGAUCUGCUUCCAGAACCCAAUCUGUACGUUCUAUGAGUGCUCCAGAAUCCAUUAACAAUGGAGAUAUUUUGGAGAAUGGAAACAAUAUGAGCAGGCCGGCAGAAAAUGGAAUUGAAGCCAUUGAUGGAAGAUAUUACGCAAAGUUGAGUGAAGUUGACAACUACGAAAGCUCCCGAUAUGAUACAAUAUUACUUGAGGAUUUGAAGAACACCAACUGGCUGCACAGUAUUGAUGAUAAAUCUGAUCAAGGAGCAAUCUUCGAUAAUGGAUUUGAGUCUCUCCCUGAACCGUUCGGCCUAUUAUAACAUCUGAGGAGUGUUUCUUUUUCUUUAAGAUAUUUAUUUUUAUAAAAUUAUAUUUUAUUCUCUUGAAUUAUUUGCUUACUUGGAAAAAAAAAAAAAGAAGAAAUAUUGUCAACUUUUAUCACCAUGGACUGAAAGUGAAGGGGCGGUCAUUGUGUACUUGGACGAGAUAAAUGGUUUCACUGUUGGCUUUUUCUGUA